AUGGCAGAGACGUGUGAGCACAAGCCGGUCAUCGGCUGCGCUCUGACCGCUGUACCAGGUUGCUGCGCCUGCGCGGACAAAAGACCUCUCGCAACUGCAUACCCUCUCUACAUUGACGGUCAAGGCAUGAGACUUCAAGGCAAGCGCUGGCAACGCUACUGCUGGAAGUGUCGUGACUACUGGGAUCUACACACUCAGUCUGAGAUACAUCUGUCCUUCUCUUCCAACCUUCCCACUCCUCAUGCUGCUGUUCCACCGGACCAGACCCCAGUUUCACCAGGCGACGGCAUGGACCUUCCGCGGAACAAUCCCUUCUCGCUCUCCAAUUCCCAACAGCAGUCCUGGUCUUUUGACGGGGUCAACGAUGGCCAGUCACCCACCGCUGAAGGCUUGCCUUUAUAUGCAUCAGGGCCAUCCUACACUCCCGCCGGCACUAGUCAAUCCACAACCGCUAUGACAUCGCGUGAUUUUGAUAUUAACGGGGCACUGCACUACAUGGCGCAGGCUCGACAAAACCGGCGACCAAGACCAAACCAUGAUAUCCAGCCAGGCGAGCGUCAUCCGCAUCCCAGAGCACAGAGAACGUUGGCCCGCCCACGGAACGAACCCGGCGAGUCUCGCCCAUCGACCCAAAGGAGGCAAAGAGCCGUUACAAAUCCAUUCGGCACCCGCGAGGAAAUCGAGUCCGAAAGUUACCAGAGCCCCAUCACCGCUAUGUUCGGUCGAGCCUGGAACCGCUAUAGACAAGCGGAAGAGCAGAGAUCAUCUCUGGAGAAUGAGUCCAUAGGUGUGCAGGAGACGCGAGGAGAAGUUGCACCCGGCAUUCUGGGCAGCGGGCCGCCUCGGACUGGGAAUUCAAUGCGACAGGUUGACGCUAUCUGGAAUUACAUGCGGCGGCAGGACGAUCAGCAACUAUUCGAAACCUUUAGAGAGUCGUUACAGUUACGGGAUGCUCCCGGACGUGAGCAAGACAACCCACAUACACACCCACCAGCCAAUCCUAUUGACUCUCAACCGCAACGACCACGUGCGCUGCACCCGGAGGAAAUGACCGUUAAUAUCGCUUGCAGAAUAUGUUGUGAGCAGAUGGUCGACACAUUGUUGGAGCCUUGUGGAGAUGUCCCCUUUGCCGUCGUCCAGUUGCACGUGCCAGGAGAGUAUAUUUGGGUUGAGACUCCAGAGCCGGACCAAGGUGUAGUCUCGGCUCUUGAAUGA